AUGAUUGAUACUUGUCGUCCUGCCUUGGUUAGCCUAGUUGCAAGAUGGCCCUUGGGGGACGGAUGUCGCAUGCACAUUGCCUUGUGGCAUGAUCGGGUAGUCGUUGCUUGCCAGGGAGGGCUGGGAAUGCUUGGACGACCGUCGCUUUUGAGCAAAUACCCCUGGGAGCUUGAGCUUCAGGAACGACAGAUGAAAUGGGAGGAGGCUGAGCAACGUUCGGGAGAUGAGCUGGAGGUGCCUGUCGUAUCCUUGGGACUCUCCCAGCGUCAACCUCCGCCCCGGGUCACGGCAGCAUCCGGAUGGAUGUCUGCAAACAACAGAUUUCCUUCCCUCGAGGAAGGUAUUGAUGGGAUCGACAAACGGUCAACGGACUGGGGCGUUUGUCCGUGCGUUAGCGGGGGCGUCUGCCAGCCAGGGAUGGUAGGGUUAGCCACCACCACCACCACCACCACCACCACCACUGCCUCCGGAAGCUACAGCAACGCAGACAUGACUUGGAUUCUGACGGGAUGGGACAGGGUCCGUGGCACUGCAGAUGGUUGGGAGGAGCAGCCAGAGGAACUGUUCCAUCCAGUUUCUUUCCUCGACUCCCGUACUGUGGGUGCCUGUGUGCGACCAUCCAUCCAUACCAACUUCCCAAGCUGGAUGAGAAAAGCGCACGGGGAUACACCCAUUACUCACGAGACUGCGGUCAGACAAACUACGUCUUAUUCCCGUCAGUCGGUCAGUGCUGAGUGGGACGACGGGUAUCUUUCUUGCCCUGGAAGUGCAGCUGUGGUAUCUGAUGACAAUUAUGAUACAAUAGACAACAAUAACACACCCUCUUUUGCUUCUGAAAAUCCCAUCUUUGUCUUUCCCUUGAUUAUCAUUCUUCUCCGUUUAUCAAUCAUAACACGUGCUGAUCCAACGGGACAAGAACACACCCUCUCACCACAAUCAACCAUCAACCAUCAACCACCCAAGCAAGCAAGCAAGCAAUCACUCAACCAAGAACCGUUUCUCGGGAACCCGUGCGACAGCAGACAAAACCGGAAUCGUUAUCCCUGCUUGAUACAUCCUUACUCGAACGGAGUGAACAGUGGCGUGAGAUAUUACUACUUAAAUCUUACAUCAAUCCCUACCACCACCAACCCCCAACCCCAAACCACCCCCCACAAAACAAAGACAAGACAAGAGACGAAAGAAAGAAAGAAAGAUGUCCGUCUCCCCCCGCGCCAGCAAAGAAGAAUUCAUGGCCGCAUUGGGCCUCUCCACCCAAGACCCCCAACACGAGCAAUACUACCGCGCCAUGAGAGUAAAUCCCCCCCAUCCCCCAUACCCCAAUUCCCCCCUAUACACAACCCUACUAACAAAAUACCACAAAAGGAUGAAGCAAUCUCAACCUACAACCACCUGAACGAAGACCCCUCCAACCUCCUCGACAUCUACCGAACCACCAAACCACCAUACUUCUGGCACCACAUCCGGCCUGAGCGCCAGCGAUGGGGGAUAAAUGAAAUAGCGAGGAACGCGAGUCCGCUUACAAGACCGCUGUUUGCUCGCGGGAUGACUAGUGGCGAGUAUGGGCCGAAUUGGGUCGCGGGGUGGUUGCUGUAUAGUGUUUUUAGGAGUAGGGAUGUGAGGAAUAAUAGGAAUAGGAGGUUGAAGGAUAAGAAUGGGAAUAGUGGUGGUAUUUCUGGUGGGGAAGGUCGGGCGAGUUCUCCUCAGAUGGUGUUGAGGUAUGGUGGUGGUGCUUCUGCGGCUGCUUCUGCUGGUGGUGGUAGUGGUGCUGCGAACAGUGGAAAGAAGGAGUACUAUGAUCCUGUUAGGAAUGGUUGA